CUUGGCAAUUUGGUGCUGACAGAAGCUUCGUUAACAAAUAAAAAAAUAACAUCAAACAAUGUGUUUAUAUUUACCAGAAAACAAAGUGCAGUGUGCAUUGUAUCAAACAAUGAGCAGAUAAAUACUAUAUGAGUAAUGUUGAUCAAAGCGGUGACAAAAUUAGACGACAAAUAAAUGCUGGUGAAAUAAAAAUAAAGUCAAAAUUACGCGUUUAAGUAGAGAAAUAGAUAAAUUUCGCACCAUUUAAAAGCCUUCAUUAAAUUCGUUGUCAAUCAGCUGGAGAACGAGUUGUGGAUUGCGUAAUCGAAAUUUUGAAGAAACAACCAAGAAAAAAAAACAAACAUGAGCGUAAAAACGAGAGGACUUGUAUUUGCGACAUUUUUUGUCAAUUGUAUUGUUGUUGGAUUGUUGUUAGCUAGUCUAAUAACGGAGCAUUGGAUUGAAGCCGAAGCAAAAAUGCCGAAUUCAGCGAACGCAACUGGUACCGUACACUUUGGCCUCUUUUCGGGCAAAAAGACUUUGGAUCGGGGCAUUGGGGCACGAACGACACCAGUUGAUGUUGCGGCUACCUUACGAAAUGAACCGAAUUUCAUGAGCUACUGGCUUUGGAUGGGCACAUUUAUCGGCACUGGACUCGGUUUACUGUCAAGCGGCAUCGGUGGCAUCGCAUCUGUACUGAAAUCAUCUUCAUCAAAGAAAAAACACGGCACCAUGUGUCUUCUGUUUUUCAGCAAUGGGGCAUCAGCCUUGUCACAGCUGUUGGCGUUUCUAUGUUGGAUCGCUGAAUUUUACGGCUAUUUGAAAGAGAACGUGUUGAUGGCGGAGGAUCGUCAUAGAUCAUGGCAAUCAGAUUUGGCCGUUUUUGGUCAUAGUUUUUAUUUUGUAUUGGUCGGAAUACUGUUUGUGAUAGUAAAUUUAGUAAUUUUAGUUGUUGUAUUGGUUAUGGAAAAGAAAGAACGACGCCCAGUUCGCCAAGAACCAGUUGAUGAAAAAACUGCCGGCGCUAUUAUGCUGUACUAAAAAGCCAAAUGUACGGUUAAUGGUGUCAUCGUGUACAUUUUUGUUUUUUUUUUUAUCUUUAGGUUUUUUCGGGUAUUUGAUCUUGAUUUAGAUGACAUAUACUCAAAUAAUUACGUUUUUUUUUUAUCUCGUUCUCUACUCAAAACCAAUGUCAUUAUUAUUAAUAUAGUUUGUUUUUUGCUUGUGAAUAGCUAAGGACUAAAUAGCUAAUUUUAAAAUCUAAUCAACUUUCGAAUCUUACGCACACUUCAUUUAUGUGUGUUGAACAUUCAAGUAUUGCUUACCAUUUAAUUAGGUCUUAGUGCGUUGCGAACAAACAAUAUUUUUUUCAUAAAUUGUUUGUAUUAGAUAGGAGAAUUUGGAGACAAUGUACUCAAAUGGGCACUGUAUACCAAUUAAACUGCGUACUAAAAAAAACAACUCAAAACAAGUCCGAAUAAAAGUGUCGAAUUAAGCUAAAAUAUUUGAAGCAAAUUAUUGAGAUGAUUAUUAUGAAAACAAGGUAUCACAAAAAAGCAUUCCAUGAAAAAUGAAUGAAAAACAAGUAAAAUUAUUUCUUUUUAUUCUAAUUUUUGAUAGUUUUAUUUCUAAAACAAAACACAAUAUUGCAAAUUCUCAAUAUGUUGUAUAAUAAUAAUAAUAAUUAUAAUAAUUGAAUGCCAUUUCACUUAAGUUAGGACAAUCAUAAAAAUGAAAU